ACGUUGUGAACAUGAAUUCACUCGUGAAGACAACUAUAAAGUGCAUGUUAAGCAUUGGAAUUGCACAUUAAAACGACCAGCAUCUGAUGUAGAGAAUAUUUACCCUAAUAAAAAAAUGAAAUCUUACUCAAUCAAGCAUUGUCAAGAAUGUAAUAAAGAUAUUGACUUGAACAAGUAUCUGGGUCAUCUCAAGAGCUUGGAGCAUAAAAAUAACUGUCGCUUCAGAACACUAAAUGCUAAAAUUGAGGAAAUCAAAAGUGCCUUCAAAAAUCGGAUCAAAACCUACAGAAUCACGCCGAAUGAGUCCUAUUAUGACAUUACUGAAUGUUUAAGCGGUCUGCGCCCUGAGGUUGAAGACAUCCUGGCAGAGACUGCUGGUAAACUUUCUAGCUUUAAGUAUAAUUUGGAAUUAUUUGCCAAGUAUUAUAAACCUAUUGAAAUGUCUGAUGUAAAAUCAUUUAAUACUAAGAAUAUUAUUUACUGUGCUGAAAGUGGUGAUUUGGAGGGGGCUUAUCAACAAUUUGAAAAUAUGAUCAAAACUAAGAGUGAGGAAUUUCAAAGCAAGGGGUCUGGGUGGUCUUUGGAAAAAAUUUUAUUUUUGGAGGUAAAUAUCAAUAAGUAUAAACCAAUUGGAGGCAGCUCAUACAUACCUCUGCCUAAAUGGUUGGCUAAUAAAAAAGCUAUCAUAAAUAUUCAAAAUGAGGAUCAAGCUUGCUUUGCCUGGGCUGUUAUAUCAGCUCUGUAUCCUCGUGAACAUUUUGAGCAUCCUUAUAGAACCAGUUCUUACCCAGAUUAUAAAGAAGUUUUAAAAUUUGAUGGCAUUGAAUUUCCCAUGAAGCUCAGUGACAUUAAAAAAUUUGAAAAAAUUAAUCCUUUGAUCAGUAUCAAUGUUUUUGGGGUUGAGGGGGAAACAGUAGUAGGACCUUUAUAUUUCUCUGGAAAUUAUGCUCCAAAUCAAGUUCACAUCAACCUGCUAUAUAUUCAAAAUGAGAAAGGGAGUGGACAUUACUGCUGGAUAAAAAAUUUAAGUAGACUGGUUUCUUCACAAUUGAAUAAAGUCAAAAAUCAAAAAUAUAUAUGUAAUGGCUGUUUAAUAAAUUUUAAUUCAUUGGAAAAAUUGAAAAAACAUGAAAAAAAUGACUGUAAUCAUAUUGUGAGUGUUUUGCCAGAGGGUGAGAAAGCAAAAAUAAAUUUCAAAAAUGUGCAUAAAAUGCUCCGUGUUCCUUUUGUAAUUUAUGCUGAUUUUGAAGCCUACUUAAAACCAUUCUCCUCCUGCUCCCCUGAUCCCACCAUAUCCCAUACUGAGAAUGUCUCCUUACAUGAACCAUUUAGUUUUGCUUGUUAUACAAAGUGCUCUUUUGACUCAAAAUUAGACAGAUACUUUUUGUAUAGAGGGUCAGAUUGUGUAAAACAGUUCUGGACCUACUUACAAGAAGAAGCUAGGCGAGCACAUACCUACUUUUCUAAAACCAUACCUAUGAAACCUCUAACUCCUGAACAAAAAAAACACUUCAGAGACUCUACUGAGUGUUACAUUUGUGAAAAAAAAUACAUAGAUGGUGAAAUUAAGGUUAGGGAUCAUGAUCAUUUUACUGGAAUUUAUCGAAAUAGUGCCCACCAAAAUUGUAAUAUAAAUUUAAAAAGGUCAAAUUUUGUACCUGUAAUUCUCCAUAACUUGAGCAAUUAUGAUGCUCAUUUCAUUAUUCCAGAGAUAGGUUGUGAUAAAAGUAAGGUUGAUUUAAUAGCCAACACUAAAGAAAAGUAUAUUUCUUUCACAAAAUACAUAGGAAUAGAUUGCAUUGAUUCUCAAGGGGGAGUUAAAAAAGAGAGUAUAAAACUUAGGUUUCUAGAUUCUUAUAGGUUUUUGCCAGCUAGUUUAGAUAGUCUUGUAAAAAAUUUACCUCCUACUCAGCUCAAAACCCUGGCAUCUCACUUUCAGGAUCAGGAAGAAUUUCAAUUAAUGAACUUGAAAGGGGUGUUUCCCUAUGAAUUUACUGACUGUGAGGAAAAGCUUAAAUUGGAACAUUUACCAUCAAAAGAUGACUUUUACUCAAAAUUAACGAAAUCUGGGGUCACAGAUGAGGAGUACAAGCGGGCAGGGGAAAUUUGGAAAAAGUUCAACUGUAAAAAUUUAGGUGAAUACUCUGAUUUAUACCUUAAAACAGAUGUCUUGCUCCUUACUGAUGUUUUUGAAAACUUUCGAGAUUUAUGCCUUGAUACCUACAAAUUAGAUCCUGCUCACUACUUCACUUCUCCAGGACUUAGCUGGGAUGCCAUGCUAAAAUAUACUAAAAUUACUCUAGAUCUAUUGACUGACAUAGAUAUGGUUCAUUUCAUUAAGAAAGGAAUCCGAGGUGGUCUUUCUCAGUGCUCAAAAAGGAAAGCUAUAGCUAACAAUACUUUUAUGAGAAAUUUUGACCCAUCUAAACCUUCCCAUUAUUUGGUUUAUUUGGAUUGUAACAACUUGUAUGGACAUAGUCUGAGUAGCUAUCUUGGUCAUAGUGAGUUUGAGUGGGUAGAGAAGGUGAGAAAUUUCAAUGUAUUUGAGGUUAAUGAUGAUUCUGAAACCGGUUAUAUUUUAGAAGUAGAUCUGGAAUAUCCUCAAGAAUUGCAUGAUUUUCACAGAGAUUUUCCAUUCUGUCCUGAAUCUAUGAUUCCCCCAGGAGCAGAAUCAAAACAACCUAAAUUAAUUGCAAAUGUUCUCAACAAAAAAAAUUACAUCAUUCACUACUCCAACUUGAAACAGUGUCUUACUCAUGGUCUAAAACUGAGCAAAAUACAUAGAAUUUUAAAAUUUAGACAAUCUCGUUGGCUGAAACCCUACAUUGACCUAAACACCUCAAAAAGAGCCCAAGCAAAGACUGAAUUUGAAAAAGAUUUUUGGAAGUUGAUGAACAAUUCAGUUUUUGGGAAAACCAUGGAAUCUGUUGAAAAACGGAUUGAUGUUAGACUUGCUACUCAGUUUGAAUCUAAUAAGCAAAAAAGAGGGGCACAGUACUACAUAAAUCUACCUCAAUUUCAUAGCUGUACCAUUUUCAAUGAAAAUUUGGUUGCCAUAGAAUUAAAUAAGGUUAAGAUUGUGUAUGAUAAGCCUAUUUAUAUUGGUUUUUCUGUCUUGGACUCUUCUAAACUGCUUAUGUACAAUUUCCAUUACAAUGUAAUAAAGCCACUGUAUAAUGAUAAGGUUGAACUUUGUUAUACUGAUACAGACUCCUUGCUCUAUGACAUAACAACCUAUAACUUUUAUGCAGAUAUCUUACCCCUUGUACCUACUCAUUUUGACACUAGUGACUAUCCUAAGGAAAAUAUCUACAAUUUUCCACUAGUAAAUAAGAAAGUCAUUGGAAAAUUCAAAGAUGAAUGCAAUGGCAAGAUCAUGUAUGAAUUUAUAGGUUUAAAAUCAAAGUCGUAUUGUUUUAAAGUAGAAGAUAAAGUAACUAAAAAAUGUAAAGGUAUUAAAAAAUGUGUUGUGAAAGAAGAUAUAAAAAUGGAUGAAUUUAAAACAUGUUUAGAGAAUAAAACAACCAUUUUUAAGCCCAUGUAUAAUUUUCGUACUAAUAAACAUGUAAUGUAUACCCAAUUGUUAAAUAAGAAAGCCUUGAGCUUUGCAGAUGAUAAGAGAUUUUUAUUACCUAAUGGCAUAGAAACCCUUCCUUGGGGUCACUAUAGAAUAAGCAAAUAUCAAUAAGGUUUCUGUUUAUAUAAUACUCAUACCUACUCAUGUACUUACAUUGUAAUUAGAUACCUAUCUGUAGUGUUGUUUUUAGAUAGUAGGUAAUCCAAUUGAUGUAUAAUAAUUGCAUAUCAAUAAACACUUGAA